CAGUGAAUUUUGUUUCCGUCGGAGCGAGAUCUGAACGGACCGCUUGCUGUAUGCUGCCCCCACGUGUUGUGUUCUGGUGACAGUACACAGCCAGGAGAUCGGAUCAUCAUGGGGAAGAGGAGCCGGAGUAUCGGAGGGGACGGCACCGAUCCGGAGCCCAAGAAAGCCAAGUCUCCGGAGCCCAAGAAAGCCAAGUCUCCGGAGCCCAAGAAAGCCAAGUCUCCGGAGCCCAAGAAAGCCAAGUCUCCGGAGCCCAAGAAAGCCAAGUCUCCGGAGCCCAAGAAAGCCAAGUCUCCGGAGCCCAAGAAAGCCAAGUCUCCGGAGCCCAAGAAAGCCAAGUCUCCGGAGCCCAAGAAAGCCAAGUCUCCGGAGCCCAAGAAAGCCAAGUCUCCGGAGGUGGAGUUCACUGGGACCCUCUUCAAAUCCUUAGUGAAAGACCCCAAUACUGCACUGAAAGGUUUGCAGCAAUUCAUCACUUUAUCUAGAAAGCUGCCCAGUCCUCACAUUUAUGAUGUGGUGGAGGGUUAUAUUAAGAUUUCUGUGGAAUGCAGUGAAAUGUUGAAGCUUUUGGAUGGAGAGAGAAGACCUGAGAGUGAGACGAUGUUAUUCUUCCAAGCCCUGGAAGCCAUUCUGCUGAGAACGGCCAGUGACUUGUCACAUCUGAGUGUUGCUGGUGUUAACAUAGUCAAGUACAUACUGAACACACACAUGAAGCUGAUCUAUUCCGCUGUGUACUCAGAAACCCACAGGAUGUCCCGAAUUUGCCUCAACUUGUUGUCUGCAAUGGUGACACAAGGACCAGACUGUGCCAGGGAUGUUUUCAGCCAUUUUGAUUUCAACAACAAGUACCUGCCGGGAUUGCUGAAGAAAAGAGACAAACAAGGCAGACCGGAUGUUAGGAUGGCAUAUAUACAGUUUGCUCUCUCCUUCCUGAUUUCUGGGGAUAAUACGAACAUUGUUCAAGUUCUGGAGCUCAAAGGUUUCUUUAGUGAGAUUUUCUUCACUGGGAUAAAGGAAGAUAGAAUAUCCACAAUAAAUCUCCUGUUGUCCUUGCUGCAAACCAAGGUUAUUCAGAAUAAAGCCAUAACAAAGACCCAGAAAGUGCGUUUUUUUACUUCUGCCAUUCUGAAUCACAUAGCUUCCCUAUAUCGCUGGAAUGGCAUUGCAGAUGUCAGAAAGGAUGUGCAGGACACAAAUGAUCCAAAGGAAGCGGGGAAAUUGAUGAUGAGGGAGCUGGUACACAACUUUCUGAAAGAUCUGUGCUGCUCUUUAAAGCAUGGAAUUAAUUUCUAUGACCCAAGCCUGGGCACAGCUGCAAGGGCUGGGAACUUGGUCCUCCUGCAGUUCCUGGUUGGACUGAAGUCAGCGACUGAGGAUGAGCUGAUUGGGGAGUUGGUGGUGGAUAUACUAAAGGUUUGUCCAGAUUUACUAAGCCGGUAUUUUAAGGAAACGCAGUACUCCUUUGUUCCCCGACUCAAAACGGCCUGGCUAGACAACAUCAAACUUCUGAAAAAGAUUUAUGAUGCUCAACCAUCAGUGUCCGUCGCCUUCAAGACCACAGAAUAUGUGCCUCUUCCACGGCUGAUAAAUAUGGUGAUGAUAACAACUGUGGCUCCCGUGUGCAACAAGACCAUGCUCACUCAAGGCCUUAAUGUGCCAAAUAAGAUUGUAAAACAUACAAUCUUGUCCCUGAUCUCCUCAAUCUUGAAAAGGGCCGAGCAGAACAUCAACCAUUGUCUAAAGGAAGAAGUGUGGCAGAAAUCUGAUUUGUACACUCCAACAACGAUGGCAGAUUUCGCCCAGAAAUACAGAGAAGCUCUCAGCAAGCUUUUGCCUGACAUCAAUACAGUUGUGGCAACCUGGCAGUCCCUCCUCAAACACGAAGAGGCUGGAAAGGAGGAAGUAGGAAAAACGCCUGAGAAAAAGCCACUGGAUUCCUCAGGGGACCUUCCAGUACUGACAGAAAAAGAGGAUGAUGUUCAGACUACUCUUGUGAAGACUUCCCUCCUCCGAGUCCUGUGCUUGUAUCAGAGGGUGGUGCCUCAUGUAGUGUCUCAGAGUAAUUUCGAUUUCAGCAAACUGCUCAAAGGCAUUGUAAGCGAGAGAGGUUUACGUGAAGAGGUCCCCCCGGUUCUGCAGCAUCAGAUCCUUCAAGUCGCCCUGGAGUUGCCCGCCAACAAGUUUACCUGGUUUAAAGUCCAGGAUACACCUGAUGUUGGUGGAGGGGAGAAGUCUGUAUUUUAUCUGCUUCUGAAAAUGUUUGCCAGUUGUCACAAAACACAGCUGAAAACCUCAACUGGGCUUUUGAUUAUUAAGAUCCUUCGAGACAGCGGUGUGUUUGAAUACACUUGGCAGGAGCUGGAGCUGUGGCUGAGGUGUCUGGAUAAAGUGGAGGAGAACUCAAAAGAACUGGUGAUCCAGUUUUUGGAACAGGCUUUGGUCAAAUUGGUAUCUAAUCCGUAUCCAUACACGGAUAAGGCUGCCGAUUACGUUCAAGAGGCCAGUGUGCUCCAGUCCAGUUUGGGAAAGCAGGAUUCCGACACAGUCAGCAUUCCCAUCUCCCACAUCGAUGAUGUGAUGGACAUGGUGGAUGUCAUUGUUGAAGGCAGUGAAGGCUUGGAUGAAGAAGUUGGCUUUAAUCUUGACGAAGAGAUGAUUCUUCAGACCUUUCCUUUCAGUGCGGUGGUGCCAGUAGUAAUGGAAGCCAGGAAUAGGAUCCUGACAUCAGAGGAAGAGGAACAUGAAUGUGUGAUCCCCUAUCUGGUGUCUGUCCUGACUGACAUACUACACACCCAACGGGACCCGCUUGCCCUUUGCUUGAUGCUCCAGUCUUAUGAUAAAGAGUUAAAGCUCUCGGAUACUGUUGGGUAUAUCCAACUUCACAACUUUUACAACUACUACAGCCUGUGGCUACCGCCAUCUGCCAGAGAGUCUACAUUUUCCAAAGAAGAAACCACUGCAAUGGAGAUUCCAGAACAAGAUGGAGGAUCCUCGUUUAAUUUGCUAUUGAAGAAGACAUUUGUGGAUGGGUACACAGAUGAUGACUCUAGGCAGAUGCUGAAAGACUCCAUUUCCCAGACCCCACAGGAGGAGCUGCCAAUGGCUGUGAAACACACACUGCUCUGCAUCAAGACUACUGUAGAUGACUUCAACAAGUAUAAGAAGUCUACAGGCUCAGGGUUGAUUGGCCUCUACUUGGACCUCCUUGGCCAUCUUCUGUGCCAGUACCAGCAGGUAGAGGACAGCCAGAAUGAGAAGACGGAGGAAGUGAAUGAGGAAUUUGAACUUUUUCUUGAAGCCAACAACACGCUGGAAUCUCCUGGGAAUACGGUCCUAGACGUCAUGUUGUCUGCCGUCUUCAAACACCCCAUUUUGGAAAGCUGGUUUCUGGCUUUACAGCGCCAGUCUGUCCCCCCUCACAGCUUGAACCCAGUCAGUGUCAAACUUCUCUCCUCUGCCAUGAACCAGGGACUGAUCCAGCUGCUUAAAUCCAGCGCUCCAUUCCUGCAAAAAAGUGGAAACCUUCAUCUCUUGGCCAAGUACUUUGAAGCAAUCUCAAUUAGUGUCUUAAAAGAGUUAGAAGUGUGCAAGAAAAGUCCAAGUAAACUAUCCAGUCAGUUGGAAGCUUUACAGAGCCUACAUUUAUACAUGGAUACCGCUCAGCUGAAUGAGCUCAUUAUUGCUAUUUUUAAGCUUCCAGAAGAAUUUCUACUUGUGGACAGUGAAGAAGAGUCCAUACAUCAGCAGUUGAGUGGUUAUGGCAAAGUGUUGGUGGAACUGCUCAGUGAUGGUCACCAAAGGAAGCAGUGUCAGGAGGAUUUAGCCUUCUGGGUAGAACAAGUAAGAGGAAUCGGGCGGCUUUUGUCAUCUUCAGCUGGAACCGACCUAGAGCCAUUGGUGUCUGAUGCUCUACAAAGAGAACCUGCCUUUGCCCAUGUAGUGGAAGUCGAUGUGCUGACACAUUGCCUCGAUAAGAGAACCCCAAGGUCUCUAGGUGUUGCCGCUCAGCUGGUGCAGUGCAGCAGGACUCAUCAGCUGCAAUUUGAGCUUUGGUGCUUGAAGCCUGGAAUAGAGAAGCUUCUGAGGAAGAAUGUAAAGACCUUUGUGCCAAUAGUCAAUAUCUACAUGAAGACCAGGGAAGAGUUCCAAUGUACACAGCUGUCCAAAGUGAGUACCGCAGUUCUUCAUAUACUGAAGGAAGCCUUCUGGAAAAAGCUGGUAAAGGUGGCCUUGAGCACAGAGACCUCCGAACAGACUUCUGAUGAAAUUGCUCUGCUUUCCAAGCUGGUCCAACAAUGCGAUACAGAAGAUUUAACAGAACUCAUCAGUGAGCUCCCUGCCACGUUGGUAAAGACCUGCUCCAUAGAAAAAUGGGCGCUGGCUGACUGUGUACAACAGGCUGCAGACCGUGCUGGGGCGAUGGACUGCUCUUGGCAGAGGGCUCUCCUGGCGGCUUGUAUGAAGUGUCUGACUGACACAUAUGGCACCAACAAGGAUCGUGAGGAAGUGGAACAGGAAGCGGAGACCGCAAUGCUCUCACGACUCCACAAUCUCAUGCCCCUGGUGAAGGAGGAUGUCCCUACAGAAUGGAACAGCCUUGUGAAAGCCGGACUGAAGUAUCGGUACAAAGACUGUCCAUUUUUGGAUGCUUUGUGUGCUGGAAUUGAGGAGUGGUACGAGCCGAGUGGCCCCUGUACUCAGGGUUUGGUGCAGUUACCGGUUAUCCAUAUGAUGGUGAUGCAGCAUUCUCUCUUCCUGCCAAACUUUCUGAGAUCCAGAGAGGAGGAGAGCAGCAGCAGCACCCUUCGAGAAAAGUUGGCGGAUCUGCUGGGAACUAUAACCAGAAAAUGUCCAUCGGUUUGUGAUAAGAAUCAUUUUGCUGUUUUUCUUGGAGCCUAUGGAGCAACCCUCAGCAUAACGGACCAGAAAAUCCUUUCCCUUCUUCAGACCUAUGAGCAAAAUAACCUGAGCCUCAGAGAUUUCAGAUUGCUGUUGUGGGGUCCAGCUGCGGUGGAGCAUCACAAGACCAGGAAAAGUUUGGGGAAAUCCCUGUGGCAGCAGCCAACCAUGGAGGAGAUUCUCGGCCUGUUAGACCGAGAGAAAAUGCUGGAAACCAUCCUGAAUUUCCCACUGCACCGCAAGCUGAUUGCUGAGGCUGGGAAGAACAAGUUGUAUGAAGACCGGGCAAUAGAUGACUUCGGAAAGCUUUAUGAUCCCUGCUUCUUGUUACCUCUCUUUAGUGAGCUGCUCAGACCAGAUCUGGUUGUGGACUGUGUGAAGUUUGUGGAGGUCAAUGCUUUGGGCCUGACCCUGGCAGCACUCAGUAGUUACGAUUACAGCAUGCGAGCCGCUGCCAAUUACGUCUUGGGGUCCCUCCUCACCCAUUUGGAGGGGGGUCGUUUUCGGGAUAAGAAGCAGUUAAUGUUUCCUCUUGUGCAGCUGCAGUAUCUGAUGGAUGUUAUAAAGAAUGGAAUUCGGCAGGAGAAUCUCCGGCUCACUUACUUGUUGGCAUUAUAUGGUGCCAGAGCUGCCCAGCUGAUCUUUAGACCUGAGGAACACAUGUACAUAAAGAUUAACCGCUUCCUGCUAUCCCACGAGUACCUGGAUCUAAAGAAAGUCCCUGAUUUCUAUAGGUUGUUUUACAGCUUUGACAUAGAGCACAAGGUGGAGCGUGAAUGGAUUCUAGGAGUUCUAUGUGAUGGAAUGAGGGACAAGCAUUGCUAUGAGCUCUAUGAUUACCAGAGGAUUUUCAUGGUCAUUAUGGCUUUUUAUAACAGCCCCCUGAGUGAUGAAACAUCUCAGACUCAGAUUCUGGAAAUUCUUACAAAAGCCUCCAAAGUGCAGAAAGCGGCUUAUGAACUCACACGGGACCACAGCCUGCUGUCCUGGAUACAGAAUAUUCUGGAGAAAAGGUAUGUUGAAAAUAAAACACUGGGAAGUCUUAUAACAUUAGUGACCAAUUUAUGGAUAACCAACUUGGGCAACAAAGAGAAGGCCAAAUCAAAAGAAGGGAAGAAGCCGGUCGGACUGGCAGUACAUGAAAAGCUCCUUCCCAUCCAUUUGGUGAAUGAGAUCUUUGGGGUUUCCUUGGUUCUGCUCAAACACAUCAGAACAAAUUUAGAUGGCCUCCAUCUCUGCCAGUAUUUCUGUACCUUGAGCUCCAUUUUGCAGUACCGCUCACGGGUGUUGGAGGCCUUUAAGGAAAUGGGCAGGUUUGCCGUAAAUGAACAAGUGUUCUCCGAUAAGAAUGCUCUGCUCCUGCUGCACAAGUGGAGUUCCAUCGAGAAGGACCUUGAUCUGCAGGAGAGGAUCGGCUCACUGGCCAAAGAGUUCAAAGUCAAAGAACUCAUAAGUACCAUUAAAGAAAAAUUCAGACAGCCAGUCCCUAGGCAUCUAAGGAAGAGAAUUGAGACCGCACAGCAUGAAAUCCUGGAACCGCACCAUACGUCUCAUCUAGAGGAGUCCAGGAAUCAUGUGAAGUCUAUAUUGAUGCACUGGAAACCCAAUUUACCCAACCUUCCCUCCAACCCUACCCAAGAGACAGGAGAAGAUCCAGAUCAGGCAAAGGGGGCCCCCACAGAGGAGGAGGAGCCAGAAAAGAGAACAAAUGGCGGUGCUCUAGUGUGCACUACGGCCUGUCUGGUAGCCAAGUGGAUAAUAAAAGUGGAAGGUGAAGCUGUACUAAACGCACGUGAUCUCAAACGCUCUCUUCACUGGCUGAAAAGCUGCAUUGUACCCCGUUCAUGGGUAGUGCAGGAGCUGCUUAAAGAUGGUGUAUGGAGAAGUACCCUCUAUAAAUUGUACUACAAAAUCUUCAGUGACCAGGAUUCUGGCCUAGAACUUCUAGGUAUAGCUAACCAGGUCAUGAUGAACCUCAUUGAGGCUCAAAAUAUGAGCGGGGACACUUAUCAAGCUGUGAAGGAUCUCUGUCUGCUGUCUGGUGACCAUACAAAUGACUCGCAGAAAGCUGCCGCCAGUUUCUUGGCAUCUCUCUACAUCGGCGAUAUGUGGCUGGGUGCAAAAUCACCUGUUAUGUUUAUCACUUAUGUGAAAAUGGUUUGUGAAGGAGACGACAUGGACGGUUCAAGUCCGAAAGAAAAGACUCCCCGGAAGAAGAAGAAGAAGGACCAGGAGGCCAUGGUGUCCCUCUGUAGAGACCUUUCUGCUGCCGUUCCUAAGAGUUGAUGUCUGUUGGGUGCUUUUCUUGACUGCGGACCUUGUUUGUUGUAAACCUGAGCGGAUUACCCAGAAUUCCAAGCCCUGAGUCCGUAUGGCUCUGGGAGCCUGUGACAAGGGUGUUGGGCUUGGGUUUGUUCCUUCACUUCGUGAUAAUUCUAAGUUUUUCAUCACCUUUUAAAUCCAGUAUCACAAUUUACAUAUAACCAAUGAUGGGUAACAACAUGUAUGAUUACAUUAGUAUAAUGCAUCAGGUACUCAUACAAAUUGGUUCCAAAUUUCUGCAGAAAUGCUAUUGGAGGAUGCUGAGAGUAAGAUGAAGCCACUUUCCAAUGGCCAACACCAUGUCUAGGCAAUCUCUGCACGCCAACCUUGGUGAAACGUAAUAUCCCAUCAUGCCUUUGCCUCUCUAAAUCGCGCCUGUGGCACUCAGUCUUGCAGGUCGCCUUUGGCCGGUCUACACUGUAACCUGUGCAGCUGCAGGAAAGACAUUCUGUAUAGUGUAAGGUUUAUUUUUAUGACUUAAAGUGGAGGUUCACCC